AUGGCUUCCUGUAUUUUAUAUCAGAAUUCUGAUGCAAGCAUAUCAAUUAUCGAUAUUCCUUCCUCUAUAAAAUUUGCUCAGGUGUCUCCAACUUCAAGCCGAAGAUUGCUUUCGUCGGAACCUCUGACAAAGCCAUUUCCUUCAGUCGAGCCGAAGAGUCGCAAGGCAAAAGAAAACCUAGGAGAGACGUCUUUGGAUACUCUGUUCCUGUCAAAGCACUUGCAGUUUGUUCUUGAGGAGUUGAAGGCAGAAUACCACGGAGAAUGGUGUCUGUCUCGAGCUGUACUGUCCCAAUCCUCUGAGAUCAGUCUCAAGAAGCGGAAGAACAGAGAUUUUGAACACGAGAGUGAUCAGAAGAAUGCCGGAGGUCCUGCAAGCGAGACCUUUUGUUCGUUCAGUACAGAUUCAGAUGAGACAGGGAGAAUGCCACCAAAUUCAACUGUCCUCUGCGGAGAGGUCGUUGCAACAAGAGACACUUUCGCAUCGUGCGCCCCGAAUUUUGACUUGAUCAUUAUGGAUCCACCAUGGCCAAACCGCUCUGCACGCAGGAAGAAAUCUUACGGAAUUUCAUAUGGAAGCUCUGAGAUUCGUGAAUUGCUAUCCUCAAUCCCAAUAGGAAGCCAUCUGUCUGAAGAUGGCACUGUUGGGGUUUGGGUAACAAACAAAGAUGCAUUCAAAGAUAUGCUGCUCCAGCCAGGGGGUUUAUUUGAAGAAUGGGGGAUUGUUCUGGCAGAAGAGUGGAUUUGGUUGAAGACUACAUUGACAGGCGAACCUAUUUGUCCAUUGGAUUCAGCGUGGAGGAAACCAUACGAAAUUAUGCUCAUUGGAAAGAGAGGGAUUGCUCAUAACGAAACUGUCAAGAGGAGGGUUCUUAUUGGAGUGCCAGACUUACAUUCUCGGAAGCCGAACUUGAAGGCACUAUUUGAUCAGCGCAACCAGAAGAGGAAAUAUGAAGCCUUGGAGAUCUUCGCUCGGAAUAUGACUGCUGGAUGGUGGGGCUGGGGCAACGAGGCCCUCAAAUUCCAAAUGGACACGCAUUGGAUAAAUGGAGAAGGCAAUUGA